AUGAAGAUCCAUAUUCAAGGGAUUGAAAAGUGGAGUUAUGUUACCGGUAGUGCAGCAAGACCUGCUGCAGGACCAAAAGCCGAUGAAUGGGAUACGGCAAAUACUAAUGUGAUGGGAAUUCUUCUCAAGGCUAUGACUCCGGAGGUAAUGAGAUUAUUUGCUAACUAUGAUUCUCCCAAAGCAAUUUGGGAUUCUGUUGCUGCUACAUAUUAUGAUGGGAGUGACUUUGCUCGUGUUCAUGAAUUGAAUGUCAAAGCUUUCAAAAUAACUCAGAGUGGACAGCCUGUUGCAACCUUUUAUGCGAAUUUGAAGACAAUUUGGCAGGAGCUUGAUCAGAGAAACCCUAAUCCUGUGACCUGUGAAGUUGAUAUUAAUUCCUAUCGGACUGAGCAGGACAAGAUGUGUGUCCAUAUUUUUCUUACUGGCCUGGACCCUCACUUUGAAGGGGCAAAGAAUGAGUUAUUGCGUCUUGCAACUCCACCUACAUUGGAACAAGCUUUUGCCUAUAUCCGAAGAGAUGAAGGUAAUAAGGCUGCUGCUCAGAACCUUCGUACUGAAAUUUCUAGUUUAGCAAUCCAUGCUACACCUCCACCUCUACCUCAACCUCAGAUUGGGAAUUCUACCCUAGUUCCAUCUCAGAGUCAGUAUCAGCCACAAAAUCAGGGAUAUCAUCAAAUGGCUUGCAACUAUUGCAAGGAAGUUGGCCAUUUCAAGAAUCAAUGUCCUAAGCUGCGAAGUUUUAAUUACAACAACUCUGGUUGGAGAGGAGGCAAUAAUACUGGAGGACAUGAAGGACGUGGUGGUGGUCAAAGAGGCAAAGUGGCAGUCCAAUUGGUGCCAGAACCUGACUUCUACGGCAUUGGAGGGGUGAUCAUGGGCAACGGAGACCUGAGGGGGAGACUGUUUCACUUGGAUUGCAUGUACGCAGAGCCAACACAAGCACCGGAACAGCCUUUAGCCCUGACAUUGAAUUCUGACAGAUUAAGUGAGCUAUGGUUGUGGCAUAGGCGUUUGGGUCAUCCAUCUUUUGGAGUUAUGAAGAAGUCCAUGCCUUCAUUGUUUCUGGGAGUUAGUGAGUCUAGCCUGCAUUGUGAAACUUGUGCUUUGGCUAAGAGUCAUAGGUCUAGUUAUCAUUCGAAUUUUCAUUCUAGUACUAUGCCUUUUGAGUUAAUUCAUUCAAAUGUAUGGGGUCCUUCUAAACAUUUUACCCUUUCUGGAAUGCGAUAUUUUGUGUUAUUCAUUGAUGACUGUACUCGAUUAUCCUGGGUGGUUUUACUUAUGUCCAAAGAUUCUGUUUUCUCUGCUUUUACAGCAUUCCAUAAGCUUGUUCGUACUCAAUAUGAUGCUCAUGUUAAGGUCUUUCGUUCCGAUAAUGGGGGUGAGUUUGUCAAUCAUUCUUUUCAUGAAUAUUUCCAACACCAUGACAUCAUACAUCAAACUUCAUGCCCACAGACACCUGAGCAAAAUGGGGUGUCUGAACGGAAAAAUAGUCAUGUUCUGGACAUGGCUCGGUCUCUUCUACUUAGUGCUAACAUGCCUAAGUAUCUUUGGGGAGAGGCUGUAUUGUGUGCUUCUCAUCUAAUCAAUCGUCUUCCGUCUGUCCCUCUUUAA